UCUUAUUUGUCAUUUCUGCUGCACGGACUGUGACAACAUGGCUUCAGCGCACGACAAAGCAGUACUCCAAGCCAUUUUCAACCCUAACACCCCCUUUGGAGACAUCUCAGGCCUGAACCAGGAGGAGGCGUUAACAGAUGAUGACAGCGGCUUUGACACAGAGUUGUUGAAGCAGGUGAAGGAGUUGGAAACGCGUGGUGUCUCAGCGGCAGAGGCAGGAGAUUUGGAAGGCGCACUUCAACUGUUCAGCCAGGCAAUCCAGCUGCUGCCCGGGAGAGCAUCAGCCUACAACAACCGCGCUCAGGCCCUGCGGCUACAGGGGAACACAGCAGGUGCGCUGCAGGACCUGGACCGCGCCGUGGAGCUGAGUGGAUCCUCGGGUCGGACCGGGAGCCAGGCCCUGGUGCAGAGAGGGCUUCUGAGGAGGCUCAUGUGUCAAAAUGACGAGGCCAGAGAGGAUUUCACCAAAGCAGCGGCGCUCGGGAGUGAGUUUGCUCAACAGCAGGUGGUUUUACUCAACCCCUACGCCGCGCUCUGCAACAGGAUGCUGUCAGAGGUCAUCCACAAACUGCGCAACCCUGACCCUCAAGUGCAUUAGCAUUUCACAUAUGACUUUAAAUAAAAUGUUGUUUUUGUACUUUUCUUCUUUUAUUCGGAUUCACUGGGCAUUUCAAA